UUUAUUUAUUUAUGAAAGACACACAGAGAAACACAGAGACAUAGGCAGAGGGAGAAGCAGGCUCCCUGAGAGGAGCCCAAUGCAGGGCUCAAUCCCAGGAUCCAGGGAUCAUGAUCUGAGCUGAGGGCAGAUGCUCAACCACUGAGUCACCCAGGUGCCCUGUAAAGUCCUUUUCUCAGCCUUUAAAGAACAAUUCAUGACCUUGGGGGAGGCUGGCCCAUAGGUACUCUGGGCUCAAUGAUGCCAGGGGGGACAGGGGCUCAGGCAUUCCCAGGCCUUACUGGGUCAAAUGUGUUGAAUGUUUCGUUCUCAUAAUUAGGACUGUUAUGGGAGUUAAUGGAGGUGAGGGUAACAGGUGCUUGGCACACAGUGUGCUCCAUAAAUGGUGGCCAGUUGGUCCUUUGAGUGACAAGAUGGGGAUGGGUGGCCUGAGCUCCCGUCACCCCGACUGCUCCGGGCCCCUUCCUGAUGGCCAUACUGGUUUUAUGAGGCCCUGCUGCGGGGCAUGGGGUAAGGGGACCGAGCGGGCGGCGGGGUGUGGCUCGGAGUACGAGUGAGUCGGGGGACCCACCCAGCACCCUGGACAGCGCCUCCGGUGAGGCCCCGCCCACCGCCCGCCCACUGCUCGGCCUGCAGUCAGCAGCCCCGACGCCCUGCAAUCCGUUGCCCUGCCAGCCGGUUGGGGGAGGGCAGCCCGGAGCAGAUGGGCGGGGGACGCCCAGCCAGUUUGAUACAGCAACGGCCACGCGGUGCGGAGGCGGGCCCUGCGCACCGCCGGGGCCGAGGCUGGCAGCGGGGAGCCGGCACCCAAGACCGCCCAGCCCCGCUCGUCACGUGAACUCCAACUGUCCACAGCUGGAUCCAGUUGAAAUGAAAACGAGCCCAGGGAUCCAGGACUGCCUCAUCUUCCCUGGGUCUCAGUUUGCCCAUCUAAAACCGAGCACGGGGAGAUCCCUGGGUGGCGCAGCGGUUUAGCGCCUGCCUUUGGCCCAGGGCGCGAUCCUGGAGACCCGGGAUCAGAUCCCACGUCGGGCUCCCGGUGCAUGGAGCCUGCUUCUCCCCCUGCCUGAGUCUCUGCCUCUCUCUCUGUGUGUGUGACUAUCAUAAAUAAAUAAAAAUUAAAAAAAAAUAAAACCGAGCACGGGAGAACCCGGUAAUUCCUAACUUGGUGAGCCACUAAAAGGUUCUAUGGAGGGCCCGGGUGGCGCAGCGGUUUAGCGCCGCCUUCAGGCAAGGGCGUGAUCCUGGAGACCUGGGAUGAGUCCCACGUCGGGCUCCCUGCAUGGGGCCUGCUUCUCCCUGUGUCUCUGUCUCUCUCUCUCUGUCUCUUGUGGGUAAAUAAAUAAAGUCUUAAUAUAUAUACAUAUAUAUAUAGAAGGAUAUAUAUGGUUCUAUGGAGUUACUAGAACCAGGACAGGCAGUUCAGCGACCAGCCAGUUCCCAGCGCCUAGGUCACACUUUACUCGGGCCUCGGCGUCCUCUUCCAGCUCAGCCUUUCCUUCCCCGUGGUUAGAAACCUACGUGGGGGCUCCCUGAGGCUCGGGGGCUUUCCCGGCCUAGGGCGGGGCUCAGGGGAGGCGCUGAGCACGAAGGGCGGCGCUGGUCGAAGAGGAACUGCAGACGGAGCUCACCGCAGCCAAGGCUUCGAUGCAGGUGCUGGGGUGCGCCCCCGGCGCGCGAUCCCGCCGCAGAUGGGAUGCGAAGGCCAAGAGUAGUACCCCGGGGGCCCGGCCGUCCCCCUCCCGCCCCUAUCCAGCGAAGGAACAAAGGCUGGAGGUGGGACCCGCAGGCGGCCAGACUCCGUGGGGAGGGACGGGGCGGGGCCGGCAGGGCGACACCGCCUCCUUAAAGCCCGGCCGCUGGCGUGGUGCGCACCCCUCGGGCGCUGGCUCCCACAGCGCGCCGGCCAUCCCCUCGGGCCGGGGGUUGCGCUUCGCGUCCGCGUGGGCACAGGUCUCUCCAGAGCAGGGCCCGCAGGGUGCCGCUUCCCCGCCGAGCAUGGGGGUGCCUCGGAGAGCGGGGGACCCGGCGGAGCUGCGCAAGAGCCUGAAGCCACUGCUGGAGAAGCGCCGGCGCGCGCGCAUCAACGCGAGCCUGAGACAGCUCAAGGGGCUCAUCCUGCCGCUGCUGGGCAGGGAGGUGCGUGCCGGGGCGCUCCGGGGCCUGGGUGGGACCUCCGGGGCGCAGAUCGAGCAAGCCGGGUGGGCUGAGGGGCCCUUGCGCAAGGAGCCGGCGAGGGGGCUCUGCGCGGCGCCGGAGGCCGAGGCCGCGUGGGGCUGGCACGAGGAGCCGCUCCACCCCGGCCACGGGAGCCCGACACCCAGGCAGGAGAGCGGUGCUCACGGCAGUCUGCUGGAGAUCUGUCUCGUUUGUCCCUCGUGGCCGGGCGCAGAGCUCCCAUUACUCGAAGCUGGAGAAGGCGGACAUCCUGGAAAUGACCGUGCGCUUCCUGCGGGAGCUGCCUGCGUCCUACCGCGCGGCCCGCCCGCCGGCGCCCUCGGACGGCUACGGAGAGGGCUACCGCGCCUGCCUGGCACGCCUGGCCCGCGUGCUGCCCGCCUGCCGCGUCCUGGAGCCCGCGGUGAGCGCUCGGCUGCUGGAGCACUUGCGAGGGAGGGCGAGCGGCCCCGCCCCAGACGUCGGGCGCGCUGGGGACCCCUGCGGCCCGCCCAUGCCCUCCCCGCCGCCCCCACCUGCCCCCGCGCCGCCCGCGCCUCCCCGCGGCCCCGGCUUCUGGAGGCCCUGGUAGCCCCCAGCCGGUCCCCCGACCCUGCAGACUGCAAGACACCCGGAGCGCUGGGCGGACCAAGGAAACUCGUGGUGUCAGCUGCUGUUUCCACCCCGAGGGACCAGCUCAGCACCCACAACCAGGCUGGAACCUGGAUGUUUGUGAUCUGUGUGGCAGGCUGAAGGCUACACGGGCUCAGCUCCAGGGAAUGAGAGUGGCCCAGCCUCACCUCAAUGUGGGUGUGUCUGGGUUGGAGAAGGGGGCAGGUGGCUGCAAGGGGAGGAAGAAGCUCCCCUCCUCAGCUGCUGGAAGUGGCUCUAGAGCUGGGCCAGCUGUGUUUGGGCAGCCGGCACACCUGCCGCAGCACUGGCACCAACCCAAAGGCUGGCCCAGGAGCUCACCUGAGCCAGGUGCAGCCAUCUAUGCUGACUGGUCACUGCUUCCCAGGCCUUCUAGUGCCUGCCCCCUUACUGGUUCAGCUUGGGAACCUCUGGACCGACAACAGCAAUGACCCGAGGGACUCUGCGGGCUGGGCAGCCAUCACCUCCACUCCUGGGCUCUCCUAUCCAGUGCUUUCAUUUAUAGGGACAGGGUGCAGCCAGGGCUCUCUGUUGCUGGGGGUGGAGGCAUUGUGAGAUCACCUUGGGGAGGACUUUAUUUCCCCGAGCAUUAAGUGACCACCUGUGUACCACACACCAGUCUAGGGGGGCUUGGGGUGAUGAAGGGGUGGGAUCAGAAGGAGGGUGCCCUGUGGCCUCAAGAAAGCUUGAUGCUUUGGAGGGGUUGCACCCAACAGAGUCAGUGCCAAUGUGAGGUGAGCAGGGCCUAUGUCCCAGAGCAGCAGAAAUUCAAUUUGCUUGCAGAUAACAGCAAGUACAGGAAUAGGAAACACCUUUCCUCAUUUUCUCUUGCAGACUGCUCCCUGCUCCUUGUCAGGACAGAUUCCUGGAAGCCACUUGUUCUUCAGACUGCUUUUCCCUGUGCCUAGAAGCAAGGGGAGUCUGAAGAUACUCAGGGAGGGGCCUGU